AAAGAAUUACCUCAUGGUGAAAGUAUUUGUUGGCAGAGAGAGAGCUGUUGCUGAAACAGGGUGGAUGUUCAUGUUUUGCGUUUGAGGAUCAAAUAUGCAGGAUUUCUUUACAAUAAUGCCCGUCAAAGAUGGUAUUUCGACCUGACAUUGGAGUAUUAUGUAGGCGGUAAUAUUGCGCUUCCGUUCUUUGGAACUCAAGGGUUGGGUAACCCAUAAAAAUGCUGCUGUUUAUCAAGUUUACCUCUUCAGUUGGUGAGUAGCCGAUAUGUUUUCUCUUUCUCUAUGCUUUCAGCAUGUUCCCUAACGAUGGCAUAAUGUAUGAGAGAUCACUUUGUUUUAUAGUUGAACAGGCAAUGAUAUGCAAUUUUGAUGAAGACAUAGCUAACAUACUUUGUUGUUCAACUGUAUUUUUCAGCAAGGUUUACUCGUGUGUUUUGGUUUGUAGACAUCACAUUAUGCAUUUGAAUGCAUGUCAAUUAACAUCAAAUUGUAUAGCCGAGUAAAUUAGCCUUAUCAGCACACUGCCUCAUAAAUGUUUAUGAAAUCUCAGUUUUGGCUAUAAGCCAGCUGUGUAAUGCAUCGAUGAUCUAUACAACCACAGCAUUCCAACUGAUGAUUUCUAAAUGCCUCCCUUACCUUUUCAGCUCCUACCAUGCUCCAGCUGUCUCUGAUGGUAUGCUUACAAUCCAUCACUGACUCCCAGUCCCUGUUCCAGACUACACACCCCUCGUACAAGAAGGGCCACAACAUCACCAUCCAUUCCUCCCAGCUGGUGUGUAGUCUACCCGGCCCUCAGGGGCCCGGUGGCAACCCAGGGGCCCCUGGAUCUCCAGGGACAAUGGGCUCCAUGGGUAUCCCAGGGAAGGAUGGCCUGGAUGGGGGGGAUGGAGAGAAGGGGGAGAGGGGUGACAGAGGUAAGCAUGAUGGAGAGAAGGGGGAGAGGGGUGACAGGUACGCAGGGGUGGAGAGAAGGGGGAGAGGGGUGACAGGUACGCAGGGGUGGGGAGAGGGGUGACAGGUAAGCAUGAUGGAGAGAAGGGGGAGAGGGGUGACAGGUACGCAGGGGUGGGGAGAGGGGUGACAGGUACACAGGGGUGGGGAGAAGGGGGAGAGGGGGGACAGGUACACAGGGGUGGGGAGAAGGGGGGAGGGGUGACAGGUACACAGGGGUGGGGAGAAGGGGGAGAGGGGUGACAGGUACUCAGGGGGGGGGAGAAGGGGGAGAGGGGUGACAGGUACACAGGGGUGGGGAGAAGGGGGAGAGGGGGACAGGUACACAGGGUGAAAAGGGGGGGAGAGGAAGGGGGGAGAGGGGGGGGUGAAGGUACACAGGGGUGGGGAGAAGGGGAGAGGGGGGACAGGUACACAGGGGUGGGGAGAAGGGGGAGAGGGGGGACAGGUACACAGGGGUGGGGAGAAGGGAGAGAAGGGGAGAGGGGGGACAGGUACACAGGGGUGGGGAGAAGGGGGAGAGGGGGGACAGGUACCAGGGGUGGGGAGAAGGGGGAGAGGGGGACAGGUACACAGGGGUGGGAGAGAAGGGGGAGAGGGGUGACAGGUACCAGGGGGGGGGAGAAGGGGAGAGGGGUGAAGGUACCAGGGGUGGGGAGAAGGGGGAGAGGGGGGGUACAGGGUAGAGGGAAGUGGGGAGAGGGGUGACAGAGGUAAGCAUGGUGGGGAGAAGGGGGAGAGGGGGUGACAGGUACGCAGGGGUGGGGAGAAGGGGGAGAGGGGUGACAGGUAGCACAGGGUGGGAGAGAAGGGGGAGAGGGGGGGGACAGGUACACAGGGGUGGGGAGAGAAGGGGGAGAGGGGGGACAGGUACACAGGGUGGGGAGAAAGGGGAGAGGGGUGGACAGGUACAGAGGAGGCGAGGGGGGGAGAAGGGGGAGAGGGGUGAAGGUACAGGGUGGGAGAAGGGGGAGAGGGGGACAGGUACACAGGGGUGGGGAGAAGGGGGAGAGGGGUGACAGGUACUCAGGGGUGGAGAGAAGGGGGAGAGGGGUGACAGGUACACAGGGGUGGGGAGAAGGGGGAGAGAAGGGGGAGAGGGGUGACAGGUACACAGGGGUGGGGGGAAGGGGGAGAGAAGGGGGAGAGGGGUGACAGAGGUAAGAAGCAUAAUGGAAGCAUCCAGGUAGUAGCCUGGCCUGGGUCUGAAACGGAGUGCUGUAGUACAACUCAAGGCUGAGUUAGUUAGCCCACUGAGCUGAAGCCUUCAGUAUAGGCAAUACCUGUUAGUUAGCCCACUGAGCUGAAGCCUUCAGUAUAGGCAAUACCUGUUAGUUAGCCCACUGAGCUGAAGCCUACAGUAUAGGCAUUACCUGUUAGUUAGCCCACUGAGCUGAAGCCUAGAGGCAUUACAUUUGGUAGCUAACAUGAGUCUUUAGGUCUCAGGUAAGGUUGCGUGUCACGCUAAACACUUCACCACUCUUGUAGUCCUUGAUAUUGCUUCCUGUGUUAGCUGAAAUGUUGUGUUCCUAUGCAGUACACUGUAUUGUGAGCUGUCUGGUGUGAAUAUAUGAACGUGAAUUAGCCAUGACCUGUCUCUGUCUCUUUCUGUUCUUUAGGUGAACAGGGCAGGCCCGGGAACCCAGGUAAACCCGGGGUUAAAGGUCGUGAGGGCGUGGUGGGUAAGCAUGGACCCCGAGGGCUGAAGGGCCCGCGUGGGGCCCCAGGUCUGGCCGGACUGGGGGGCAUCAAGGGGGAGAUGGGGGACGCGGGUGAGACAGGGGCUCCUGGGGGCUGUAACUGCGGCACCAACUCAGCCCGCUCCGCCUUCUCUGUAGCCAUGACCAAGAGUUACCCCAAAGAGCGUCUCCCGAUCCGGUUCAAACGUAUUCUACUGAACGAGGGGAACCACUACAACGCCACGACCGGGAAGUUUGUCUGCUCUGUCCCGGGAGUCUACUACUUCACUUAUGACAUCACACUGGCCAACAAGCACUUGGCGAUCGGGCUGGUGCACAACGGGCAGUACAAGAUCAAGACGUUUGACGCCAACACUGGGAACCACGAUGUGGCGUCCGGUUCCACGGUUCUCCGGUUAGAGCGUCAGGACCAGGUUUGGCUGCAGAUCUUCUACUCAGAACAGAAUGGGCUGUUCUAUGACCCGUUCUGGACAGAUAGUCUGUUUACCGGGUUCCUGAUCUACGCAGACCAGGAGUAUGUGAACGAGGCGGACAGGAAAGCCAAUGAGGAUUCAUCGCCUUCAUCCUGA